GUUCUCGUCACUCCGAACUUUCGGGAGAUCCACGGAGGAAGGAGGGGAGAGAACAGCGCCAUUUUCCCUGUCAGACAGGUGUCUUAAGUCCACACUGGCAGGUGGAUUGGGAACAGAUAGUCCUGGAGGGUGGAGAAAUUGGAUUCGGUGCCAAACUGAGUUGUUGUGGGCCAUCAGAAGAAGAGGAGUGGACGCGGCGUAGGUGGAGCCAUGUCGACCUCAUGGCGUGAUGAUGAUGAAGAGUUGAGGGUAGGAGGAGUAAGAGGAGGGUUGAGAGCCAAACCAAGGUUCUCCUUCACGGAGGUCAAACUGCUGCUGGAGGCAGUGAAGAGGAACAGAUACAUCAUCCUCAGGAAGUUUAACCAAGGUGUGUCAGCUGAAACCAAGAAACAGACCUGGGCUGAAAUCACCAAUCAGAUCAACGGCCUGGGAGAGAAUCACAGAGAGGUGCGUCAGAUCAUGAAGAAGUGGGCGGACCUCAAAUGUGAUGGAAAGAGACGCAUCGCGGCCCUGCGGGGCCCCAAUGGCAGCAACCUGAGGAAGAAGAACCUGGGCCCUGUGGAGAGGAUGGUCCAUAAGAUUCUAAUGAUGAGUCCUAGAGGAGAUGGUGACAGUGAUCUGGACUUUGGUGAAGAUGAAGAUUUCUCAAAGCUUUACACGAAAGGCCUGCCCUCCAACCCUCCGCCGUACUCCUACCUCAGCUUGACAGACAGCUCCCACUCGUUACCUGGAGGAGCCCCCGUAGACCUCUCUCCUCUCUCCUCACCAGAGAAGGAACUUGGUGGAGAUCCUUUCCAUUCCUCCUCUGACUUUGAUUUAGACCUGGGUGAUGAUGGAGAACGAACCAUGGACUUUGACGAAAACGAGGACUCCCUGUUCUCCUCCCACCCUUCCUCUCUUCCCCCGCCCUCCUCCACCUCGCUGGACCCCCUGCCUGAUGACGCCCUGCUGAGGGUCAAGCCAGUCUUCACCUACUCCCGAAACAGCAGUCAGAACCACAGCCACAUCCAGAACCACAACUACUCCAGACCAACACCUGGACCCUCUUCGUCCUCCACCUCCUCUGUUUUCCCUUCGGUAUCAGAUUCAGACGCCGCCUUGUCCUGUGCUGCGCCUCCUUUGAUGCAGCCCCCCACAAGCUCAAGUAUGACAGCCUCCUCCUCUACAUCUGUUGCAGCCAGUGACUCUACCUCUCACCUUGCACCCUCCUCGUCGUCCAUCCCGCUACUUCCUGCUCCUUCUCCCACUUCCUCAGCUGCUGUAUCCUCCUCCUCCUCUGGUGCUUCUGCAACCACCGCUCCAUCGUCUUCUGUGGCCAGCUCCCAACCGCCUCCCUCCUCCUCAGUCCUCUCAUCCAAUCAUCCCCCCACCUCGGGCUCAAACUCGUCUGACCCUCUCCCGGCUGGAGCGUCCUCCCGCAGGUCCCAGGACCACGUGGCCCAGGUGGCCUCUCAGAGCCUCCAGCAGCAGCGGGCCAGCAGGAUGCUCCUGACCUCAGUGUCUCAGUCUCUGGAGAUGCUGGCUCAGUCUGUCCAGCUGCUGGUGGAGAGCCAGCAGGAGUUUGUGCAGGAGUCUCUGCUGCUGCAGAGGGAGACGGUGGACAUCCUGAGGGACUUCUCCAACACUGCGCUGACUAUGCUGAGGGACAAAGCCAACAGUGGACAUCUGGCGACGCAUCAUCAUCCCGCUCCACACUUCUGAAAAAUGGAGAUGAAACAAACUUGUAGGUUUUCAAAAGAGACAAAAUGGGACGAAAGAAGGAGCCGAGUCCAGGAGAGCUGUGGGAGUGGGAGCAGAUCACAGGCAGCCGGCCACCAAAUGGAGUCCUGUGGGUUUAAACAUCCAAGAUCACGAAACAGAUGAUGACCUUUGACCUAAGCAGCCAGAGCAUGGAACAAAAUGUUUGCUCAGAGGCACAAUGGUGGCGCACACACGAAGUGUUAGCCUGUGAUCUCAUAAGGUGUUUAGUUAUGUGCCUGAAUCUUGUUUUUCUCUUCUGUGUUUACUGUUGGUUUGUGGCAGGCUCAUGUUUUCCACUCUGCGAUUGGCUGACUGGAUCGUGCUGAUGUGUGGAGACAGAAACACAGAUACACUCGAUGAUGCAAGGACACAGUCUCGUGUUUGACCUUUUAAUGUCCUGAGUGCUCUGGGUCUCUGGGCUCAGCAGAGAAACUGAAACGUGUCAGUAGAAUAUGAAGGUACUAACCCUGCAUCAGGGUGGGAGCUGCUCCGGCCACAGUUUAAACACGGUCACUGCUGUUAAAUCCACAGGGCAAGUGACAGAGUCUCUGCUGGAAAACAUCUCGUUCAGUGUUUUGUCCAAGGGCAGCGUGGCAUUUUUUAAAACUAGGGACAAACAGCUGUUGUUUAUCAGUGACCUAAUAAUCUGGUUUGGUCUGACGGUGUCUCAGUAACAUGGGUUAUACUGUGCGGCAGGUUUUUCUUUUUUCUUUUUGUUUUCUGGCCCAAAAUUCAGUUUGACUGAGGAGAGCAUAAGUUCCUGCUCCAGUCAAAGAAAUCAUCAUGUCUCUGAACAGUCGCAGACCUAAAACCUGAUACGAGUCCUGAAACACCUGCCUCCUGACUCACUGUAAACUAAUCUGACGAUGAAUGGAUUUAAUAUCCAUUCAUCCAUAAUAUUUUUAUUAAACUGUACGGCUGACUCAGCACAGAGAUCUGAUUUACUGUUUCUGCUCAGUGAAACACGUGGGCUUUGUCUCGUGGGAGUUCGACCAUCACGCGACGUGGCCCAGUUUAAAUUCUGUGGCAGCACAGAGUUUUAUCCUGUCUCCCUCUGAAAACUCCCAAAGUCCAGAGUUCAACAAAUUCUGCUCGGAGUCUGAAAGUCGAGCUUUAUCUUUGACUCUGGAUCAGCUGAUCAUCGUCAGGCUGGUCGCUGCUGUUGAACACAGCGAUGGGCGGAGCUCAGUGCUGAUGUGGCUAAUGAAAUUUGUUUAACCCACCGACCGAGCCUGUCGUCGCCUGGAAAGCAGCACACAGUGAUGUGGAUACAUGUUCACAGGCCGAGCAGUUUUAAAUGGGAAUGUUAAUCAUUAGCUGAAACACCCAUACAACAGGAUUUCUAUCCACUGUUAAAUAUGAUGAGCCAAUGGAAAACAGUGAAAUCUUUCACGUGGAGUUUCUGAGCUCGACUUCAGAACAAGUUAAAACGUUUAGCUCUCCCUUUCUCCCAGUUACAGAUCAUUCAGAAAUAUGCUGCCUGUCUGAGGAGGAGCAGCAAACUGUUGUAGUAAUGUCGUUAAAUGUUGUUGCUGCUGCAGGACUGACGGCUGCUACCAGCUUCUGAAUGUGUUCAGACGGUGAACGUGGCUGCUGAGUUUUCAAACUUCCCGCCCUCUGUGGCCUGUGAGCAGCCACGGUGAACUGUACAACAUAGAUUUAAGGUAGAAUGAGCAGAAAAUGGCAAAUGAUUGGUGAGCGUUUCUGGAAAUGCACGGAUGACUUUCAUUUCCUGUUUGAAAUCUGUACCAAACAGCAGUUUAUAAAAUAUACUGGUGUUUUAUUUCUGAGACAAACGUCUGAGUCCAGAGGCAGAAAGACGAUGUGCUUUUCUCUCACACUCUUCUUUGCCCUCCUUUGUUCUCAGUCCAGCUCAGAGUGUCGUAUCUGAAUCUGCUGUUUGAUCAGAACUGACCGAAUGACUGUCUGCUGUUACACCUGUCUGCUGUUACACCUGUCUGCUGUAACACCUGUCUGCUGUAACACCUGUCUGCUGUUUCCUACGACCAAAUCCUGAGAAUAAAGCUUUUACUAAGA